CUAGGGGAAGAUCGCCCUAUGGGGCGGGGAAACGAGACUGGGCUGCGAGUUGAGGAUAGGGUUUCCCUUUGGGGGCGUGGCUUACGGGUCCUUGCUUUCCCGCCGACGGUUGGCCACGUCACGUGACAUGGGUUGGAAGAUGGCGUCUCCCACAGAUGGGACAGAUCUGGAAGCAUCUUUGCUAAGUUUUGAAAAACUUGACCGUGCCUCACCAGACCUUUGGCCAGAACAGUUACCAGGCGUUGCUGAAUUUGCAGCUUCCUUCAAAAGUCCUAUUACCAGCUCUCCACCCAAAUGGAUGGCUGAAAUAGAACGUGAUGACAUCGACAUGUUGAAAGAACUGGGGAGCCUCACCACAGCUAAUUUGAUGGAGAAGGUACGAGGCCUACAGAACUUGGCCUAUCAGCUGGGGCUGGAUGAGUGUGAGGUAAUUGAGGUUCAGAGAUCUUCAUUGAUUUGCCCAGAGUGACACACCUGCUUAUCUGUGAAACUGGGAGUAGAAUCCAGGUCUUCAGAUUCUUAAUCUCGUGGUAUCAUUGCCUCCUAGAAUGAAAACAGUAGAUAUGUGUCUUGGCUUUACUCAAAAACUCAUUUGAUAAAAUAUGAUUUCCCUCUUGGAAACUUGUAAAUAAAACUCUGCCUCUAUUUAACAGUUCUUGUUUGUUACUGGACACCAGUCUGACACUUAAAAGCUUAAGGAACUUUUUGUUAUAAGCAAAAGCAGAUCAGAGAUCAUGUCUUAUGCUUGUGGGUGAAUAGAAUUGAGGUCCAUGAGCUAGGUAGGACCUAAGUUUUUUAUGGUCGUGAUGCCUGGGUUGAAGCUCUCAGUGUUUCCUUAGAACUAUUUUUAUUCCAUAGAGAAUAAAAUCUUAAUAUAUAAAGUGGAAAUGACAUUUGGGUUCUCUGAAGUGUAAAAUGGACCUCAAAUCAUCAAGGAGUCAAAUAGGAACAAAAUUGAAACCAUGUCAGUUGCGUCCUCCAUAUCUCUAAAAAAUCCUGUUAACCUUCAUUUCUUGACAGGGCUCAGAAUUUCCAAAUCAUUAGAGCUAAUUUGGUUGAAGCUUCACCCUAUAGAGAUGCACAGAGAUUAGUAUUGACUUGUGUAUAACUUUGUUAACACUCUUAGUUUGGUUCAGUUACAUAGAAGUUAGUUGCUAAACUCUGUGUUGUGCAUUUCUGCUUUCCAGAGAGAUCUUGUAAGUGUUUGGGUUGAUGUCUUUUAAACCUGCUAGUUUCAUCUGAAUAAGUUGAGGAAAAUGGAAGAGUGCAGCAUUUGAUAGACUCUUCCCUUUUUUCCUUCACAGAGGACUUUAUAGGCUUAUAGGAUAGAGGGGCCAACAAUUAACUAACAUAAUAUUCUAGUCUUUAAUUGUGGGGCUCUAUUAAGCCUUAUUAUUUAAAAAAUAAACAUUAUUUCUUAUCUUUGGUAUUUUUUGUUUUACUUUAUUGAAACAAUAGUUGCACAUUAAUUAGCACUUAGAAAUUCUGGUAAAGUCUGGGGUUUUGUUGUGUUUUGCCUUUUUGUUCUCCACUCCCCCCCCUCCCCUGUAGCCUUUGUGACUGGAAGAAUGUGAAAAACAAAAGUUGGGUAGCUGAGGGCAGUGGUAUAGCUAAAGCCAUGCCACAUUUAAGUUCCCAUGGAGAUGGUUACAUCAGAGUAUGGACCAUUAACUCAGUCCACUAUCAAAAAACAAGUAUCACCAGAAGUAAUUCUUAUUCUAGUAUCAAACAUAUCAGUCCCUUAAAAUCUCCUUUGGAAUGUUGAAAAGAGAUCAGAUGAAACCUUCAGAAUGGUUAUUUAUUGGGGAAGAAAAAACCUUCAAUUUCAUUCACCCAUUGUAGCUCCACUUUCUCAUUUUAAUGCUCAGUCCACAGUGGCGAUGGUAAAAAAUGUCCUGCACCUACAGAGAUGGCAGUGGGAGAGGGGACAUCACCUUUUCACUUAUUGCUUGUUGCAAUUUGGCCUGUUUACAGACAGAAUUGCUCUGUGGGUGCUUCUAGUGGAGAGCAAAGGAAAUCAAAGUAACAGCAAGAAAUCAGCAUUUACACAUGACCUGUGAAUUGGCUAAUUUUUAACAUGCAGUUAGUUAAGAAAUGAUUACAACCUGAGGAGUCAUGACCUCAACUUUUCAUCAGCUCCAUUGGAUUGUGCCUCAGUUUGGAAAUGAAGGAGGUAUGCAGGAAGUUUUAAUUGUACCUGUGUGAUUUAUCCCUAGUCAGCUCUUUAAUUUCUUCUGGCUGUCUGAGGUUUCCGACAUGCUGUAAAUUUCCCCAACUUUUUCAUUAUCUGCAAUUUCUUUAUGACUCGUGAAUCGGAGUGGAGAGAGAGUGUGGAUUUACAGCAGAGAUAAACAUGUCCAUAAAGUCUGUAUCUGUGUCAGUAAUUGUACUGCUGUCAGUGACUGUCCUGUUUUACAGGCCUCUCUUGGGAAAGGAACAGGCUUCACUACCAGCAGCACUGAAGUGCUUGCUUUGAUUUGCAUUAACUUGCUGGGAGAUUAGGAAUGGUGGGAUAGGAAUUGAUACUGGACCUUGGCCUCCCUUGUUUGUUGGUUGGUUGGUUGGUUGGUUUAAGGUCAAAUGACUUUGUGUUGGAUAACUGUGUUGAAAAUACAACAUGGACAAUGCUUGUUUCCUGAGUGAAAAUGCAACUUAUACUGAUAUGGUAGAUGUGAAAAAUCCUUUCUAACUUCAUUUUAUACAAUGCCUUUAAGAUGAUUUCCCCUUUCCAUCACUGUUGACAAUUGAACUUGGGUCUUUUUUCAUCUUUCCAUUUUCCUUUUCUUAGAAUUAAAACGCAGGAUUUCUUCUUUGGAACGUUCAUUCCUCCUCAAGAGUGGGGUAGCUGUAGUUUUGGGGGUUUUUUUGUGUGUGUGAGGAAGAUUGUCCCUGAGCUAACAUCUUUGCCAGUCUUCCUCUAUUUUG